AAAGUUGAGCUUACAGACAAAUCUUGAGCCUUACCUUUUCUUUUCCUCUUCAAUGUGUUUAUCUCUCUCUGCCAGAGAGUCUCUGGUAAUUUUUUUAAUUGUUUACUUCACUCAUUAAUUGUCUACAAUCUAUUUUAAUUUGUUAAUUCUAUUCUUGGUAAUGUUUCAAAUGUAAAUCAUUAAAUUUGUGUUUUGCGUUUGUGUCGAAAAGCAAAAAACAUCCAAAGGAGAAUAGAAUUUUUUUUCUUUUAUUGGUUUGGUUAAGUGUAGCUUAUAAGGCGCCACAUACAAUUGAGACUACUAAAAGGGUAUCUCGGAUAACAUUUUUUUUCUUCUCUUUUUGGUUUCCAUGCGAAUAUUUGGCUUGUGAUUUUUUCUUCUCUCCUAUUUUUCUCUCUUUACAACAAUUGAACUUUAAUGUGAAUUUACAUUAUAUUAUCAUCUCUCAGUGAAUUUAUUAUAACAGCUCGAGGUUCACAUUAUCCUGUUAAUCCUGUUAAUUUAAUUUUCUACACUGGUAAUUGUAGAUAUUUUCCUUGGAUCAUUUCUCUCAAAUAAUUGAAUUCAUCCGAUUAAUGAUUUAAGCUGAGAAAAAAAUCAGCUGAAAAUUGAAAAUAUCGAGCUGACGGGCAUCUUGAGUCUUACCACCAAUACAAUAGUAUUGAAGAAACACUAGUUUACAUCUGUUGCUUUUCAGGGUUAGAAUUCAUCUUAUUUGUUAAAUUCUGUGAUGAUGUUUGAUUAGAAAGAGGAAAACAAUGAAGAAAAGAAAGACAAUUAAUCUAAUGGUGAACAUGAAGCUUAAUUGGCCUAACAACUUUAAUCUCUCUACCUAAGACUUGUGAUCAUUAUGUUGGCUUGAUCUUUGUGAACCAAAACUCAUCAUUCUUUGGGUGUGGGCUACUCACAAUCUUUAACCAUUUCCACUUACAAAAUCUCUUGUUCCCCGUUUCAAAUCAAAAAGGAUCUUCCAGUCAAUCAAAAUUUUAGAUUAAUUUAUCAUCAUCAUCACCACCGUAAUCAUCAUCAUUACCUUUAAUCACUUGACUGAAACAAUUUCCAGUUAUGAUUAGAGAAAGAUUCAAAUUCUCUGUCAACAAGAAGAUAAUUGCCAGAAAGAAAUUACAAUCGUUUAAUUUAGAUUGUUUUUUGCAAUAUUUUUUUAUAUUUAUGGUAUUCUAUUUAUCUAUCAGUCAGCUUAUUCUAGCCAAUCAAGAAAGUGAAACAAUUGAAGAUACAAAUUUUAAAUGUAAAUCAAAGGAAAGGAUUACUGUUGAUUAUAGUUCCCAUGCUGUUAAAAAUGAAUACAUUGUAACAUUUAAUCAUCUUUAUAAAUCAUCUGCUCGUAAGCGUUUCAUAUCAUCGGCUCUCUCAUCUUGUAUCGAUUUUCUUAACUCAUGGACCAUCAUUCCUCGAACCAAUCCUGCCAGUCUACAUCCCAGUGAUUUUGAUGUUGUUCAUCUUUCAUCUCAUAAUUUAUCCUCCAUCAUUACCGCCUUAAAAAGACAUCCCAACAUCAAGAAUGUUACCCCUCAGCGACUUAUUAUCCGUAGUCUUAAAGUGAUCAAUGAAUCAGCUGAGGAAGAAGAUGAUAGUGAUUUAAAGGAUCGUACCUCGUGGUUCUCAUCACGGACAUUUAAAUCAAGACAAUCAUUAUCUUGGCUUAAUGGUUGGAGUUUUGAUUAUAAUUCAGGUUCAACUAAUACUCGUCGGCAUCUACUUCGAGCUAUUCCUCGACAAAUAACCGCCACAUUAAGAGCUGAUCAACUUUGGGCCAUGGGAAUUACUGGUACCGGUGUAAAAGUGGCCGUUUUUGAUACGGGAUUACCAAAAAAUCAUCCACAUUUUAAGAAAGUUAAAGAGCGAACCAAUUGGACAAACGAGAAAACUUUCGACGAUGGUUUAGGCCAUGGGACCUUCGUCGCUGGUGUGAUAGCCAGUGGUAAAGAGUGUCUUGGAUUCGCACCCGAUGCCGAAUUACAUAUUUAUCGGGUUUUUACCAAUAACCAGGUUUCCUACACUUCUUGGUUUUUAGAUGCUUUUAAUUACGCCAUUUUGAAAAAGAUUAAUGUUCUCAAUCUUAGUAUUGGUGGACCCGAUUUUAUGGAUCAUCCUUUUGUUGAUAAAGUUUGGGAAUUAACUGCAAACAAUAUUAUCAUGAUUUCAGCAAUUGGUAAUGAUGGACCUCUUUAUGGUACACUUAAUAAUCCUGCAGAUCAAAUGGAUGUUAUCGGUGUUGGUGGGAUUAAUUUCGAUGAUCAAAUUGCUCGUUUCUCAUCUCGAGGUAUGACAACUUGGGAAUUACCUGCAGGCAAUGGUAGAGUUAAACCAGAUAUUGUCACCUAUGGAUCAGCUGUUCGAGGGUCAAGUAUAAAGGGAGGUUGUCGCACACUCUCUGGUACAUCAGUAGCAUCUCCGGUUGUCGCCGGUGCUGUAACCUUACUCAUGUCCGGUGUACUUCACAUGGGUAAUCUGAUUAAUCCAGCGAGCAUGAAACAAGCCUUAAUGGCCUCAGCUCGUCGUCUCAAUGGUAUUUCAAUACUUGAACAAGGAGCCGGUAAACUUGAUCUGAUUCGCGGCUUUGAAAUUUUACGCUCUUAUAAACCUCAGGCAACUUUAUCUCCAAGUUAUCUUGAUCUCACCGAAUGUCCAUACAUGUGGCCUUAUUGUACUCAGCCCAUUUAUUUCGGCGCAAUGCCAGUGGUCAUAAAUGUAACCGUUCUCAAUGGAAUGGGGGUGACAGGGACAUUCGCCGGUAAACCCCAAUGGCACUCAUAUACUCCUCAAAAUGGUCAAUACUUGGACAUUGCGAUAACUCACUCUGACAUUUUAUGGCCUUGGUCAGGUUGGAUGGCGGUUUACAUUUCAGUCACACCGGAAGCCGCUAAUUGGGAAGGGAUUGCUCAAGGUCAUAUAAGCAUCUCCAUUGAAUCACCAGCAUCGGGAGAAGAUCCCGAUUAUAAGACUCAAAGAUCUGAAAUUAAGCUUCCCUUGAAAGUGAAAAUUAUACCGACCCCUCCUCGAUCAAAGCGUAUCCUUUGGGAUCAAUAUCACAAUUUACGUUACCCGCCGGGAUAUUUUCCUCGUGAUAAUCUUCACAUGAAAAAAGAUCCAUUAGACUGGAAUGGUGAUCAUAUUCACACCAAUUUCAAAGAUAUGUAUGAACACAUGAGAAAUUCUGGUUAUUAUAUUGAAGUUCUUGGUUCUCCAUUCACUUGUUUCGAUGCACGGGAAUAUGGUACAUUAUUAAUUGUUGACCCUGAAGAAGAAUAUUUUCCAGAAGAAAUAACUAAAUUAAAAAACGAUUAUGAUACAAGUGGAUUAUCAAUAAUCGUAUUUGCCGAUUGGUAUAAUAUCUCUGUUAUGAAGAAGGUUAAAUUUUACGAUGAAAACACUCGCCAAUGGUGGAUACCCGAUACCGGGGGUGCCAAUAUCCCAGCUCUUAAUGAUUUACUUUCUCCAUGGGGAAUUGCAUUUGGUGAUCAAGUUUUCGAGGGUGAAUUUAAAUUGGGAAGUAAUCACGAUAUGUUUUAUGCAUCGGGCACAUCGAUUAUUAAAUUUCCCGAAGAAUCAGCUGGUUCAAGUGUUUUGGUUCGUCGUGACCUAAACGAUCAAGGUAAAGAGAUGCUCAAAAGUGUAACUAUUAAACAAAAAGAUAUCCCAAUUCUGGGUCUUUUCCAAGCCAAAGAAUCUAAUUUAGUUGAUAAUGAUCAAUAUACCAAGGGACGAAUCGCUGUUUAUGGUGAUUCCAAUUGUUUAGAUACAGCUCACCUUCAGAGAGACUGUUUUUGGAUGCUUGAAGCUCUCUUGCAAUUUACCACCACGGGUAACAUUCCAACUGUAUUUCUCUCAUCAUCCCCUACCUCCUCUGGUUCAUCCGCUGCUUCAUCUUCAUCAUCCUCAUCAUCCACCGGUCAACAAGGGAAAAAAUCAUCCGAAUCAUCAAAAACAAUAGAUCCUCCGAAACUCCCCUCAAGAAUGGAGGGCAGCCAUUUGUAUAGAUACUCUAAAGUCUUAGAACAUCAUCUAGGUAAUAUCCAAACGCGACCUUUACCUUCAUGUCCAAGUCAUAAAUGGGAAACACCGAUCCCUCUGAAUGAAUCUCUACCAACUAAUUUGUAUAAAGCACAGAAACUACUUUCUAUCAGCAAUAUUGACAUGGGAAUUCCCGCUUUACCUGCUCUUUCAUCUUAUCCCAAUGGAAGACUAGAUGAUGAUCAACAAGAUGUUAAUAAUCGUUGGGAUUCACUUAUAGCAUCAGAAUCUUCAGCUUCAAUGGCUCUUACUAUAAAUGAUUUACAAGCAAGAAGAAAAUUUUUCUCACUUGAUUGGACAACAUUUACUUUGGCAAUUGUAAUCUUACUUUGUUUAUACAUGAUUAACAAGAAAUUAAUCAAAUACCGAUGGAUAGGCUCCAGGGGAGUAAAUAAUAAAACUGGACAAUCAGUGAACAAGAGACGUCGCCGCAGUACCGCAGUUAAACGUUGGUUGUUACAAAAGUUACCAAGUAAACUUUCAAGUGUAUAAACAACAAGACUGAAAUCUAAUUUAAAAUAUUUAUUAUAUGCUGAUUAAGUAAACUCUCAAUUUGGCUUCCUAAUCAAAACGAUAAUUUAAGUUGAUUACUACAACAACAAGAUUGAAUCGACUAUUUAUAUACGACAAACUCAAUUUUCACGGCUGUAUAAAACUACAUUUGUACAAUUUAAUAUUUAUUUGGUCUUACAAUUAACAUAACAGCUAAAAGCUUACAUCAGUUUCGAUAGAAUCAUGAUAAACAAUUAGAGCCCCCGAACUUGAAUUGUCAAGUUUGAAAGUAAAUGAUUAAUUUAACUUCAUCGCAACUGAUUUGGAUUAUGAAUCUAACUUUACAAUAAUCAUCUUAAAUCACUCAACUCUCAACACUCUGACUCUUGCUCAAUUUAAGCUCGAGGAAUUAAUUGUUACAGACAUUGAUUGCCAAACUAUCUAAAUAUUGGAGAGCCGAUGAAAAGCAAUUAAACUUAUUUUUUGACUCAUCA